UGUUGUGGAGGUAUCUGAGAUGUUUUCACAUUAAAAAGACAAACAAAGAGUUCCAAAAAUGGUGAUAACAACAACACAGAAGGACAAAAGAGAGUGGUCAAUGACCGACAAGUAACUCCCCUAUAUGUUGGGUUAAGAACUCUACUGCUUUUUUUGCAUAGCUGUAGUGCCUUCUUUGAUGGAACCUGCAGAAGCUGGGCAUGCUGAUGUUAUUGGUUGGUUCGAGCAUGUCUCGGAGAAAGCCUGCAAGACUCAAAGGGAGACGCUGCGCCGGAUUCUUGAGCUCAACUCCGGAGUGGAGUAUCUGAGGAAAUGGCUUGGGGCUGUUGAUGUUGAAGAGAUGGACGAUGACACCUUGGAAACUCUCUUUACUUCCUUGGUGCCUAUUGUUUCCCACGCUGAUUUGGAUCCUUACAUUCAAAGGAUUGCAGAUGGAGAGACCUCUCCUUUACUCACUCAAGAACCCAUCACUGUUCUCUCCCUCAGCUCUGGAACAACAGAAGGGCGACAAAAGUAUGUUCCGUUUACUCGCCAUAGCUCGCAAACUACUCUUCAGAUUUUCAGAUUAUCAGCUGCUUACAGAUCAAGGUUUUAUCCAAUAAAGGAAGGAGGGAGGAUCCUUGAGUUUAUAUACGCCGGGAAGGAGUUCAAGACACCAGGAGGGUUGACGGUAGGAACGGCCACAACGCAUUACUAUUCAAGCAAAGAGUUCAAAACCAAGCAGGAGACAACAAAGUCAUUCACCUGCAGCCCACGAGAGGUCAUCUCCGGAGGCGAUUUCGGGCAGUGCACGUACUGUCAUCUCCUGCUCGGUCUCCAUUUCUCGAGGCAAGUGGAGUUUGUAGCCUCUGCUUUCUCCUACACCAUUGUCCAAGCCUUCUCCCUGUUCGAAGACACCUGGAGAGACAUAUGUGUUGACAUAAAGGAAGGCAGUCUCAGCUCAAGAAUCACUCUCCCCAAGAUGAGAAAAGCUGUGUUGGCUCUGAUCAGACCGAACCCGUCUCUGGCAUCUCUUAUCGAAGACGUCUGCGCAGAGCUGGAAUCGAACGUGGGAUGGUUCGGUUUGAUUCCGAAGCUAUGGCCAAACGCAAAGUACGUCUCCUCGAUCAUGACGGGCUCCAUGCUGACGUAUCUGACGAAGCUGAGGCAUUACGCUGGUGGUUUGCCUCUGGUGAGCGCGGAUUAUGGGUCGACCGAGAGCUGGAUUGGUGUGAACGUUGAUCCUCAGCUUCCUCCAGAAGACGUGAGCUUUGCUGUGAUUCCGACUUUUAGCUACUUCGAGUUUAUACCGCUUUACAGGCAGCAGACUCAACAAGACUUGUGUAGUGAAGGUGACUUUGUCGAAGAGAAGCCUGUGCCUCUCUCUCAAGUCAAGCUCGGACAGGAGUAUGAGCUUGUUCUCACCACUUUCACAGGUCUUUACAGGUACAGAUUAGGAGACGUCGUUGAAGUGACCGGUUUUCACCACGGCACACCAAAGCUAAGUUUCAUAUACAGAAGAAAGCUCAUCUUAACCAUCAACAUUGACAAGAACACAGAGAAAGAUCUUCAGAGGGUGGUCGACAAGGCGUCUCAGCUUCUGAGCCGCACCACACAAGCCGAAGUCGUCGACUUUACAAGCCACGCAGACGUUACAGCUCGUCCAGGUCGCUACAUAAUCUACUGGGAGAUCAGAGGAGAAGCAGAGGAUAAAGCUCUUGAAGAUUGCUGCAGAGAGAUGGAUGCUGGUUUUGUGGACCAUGGUUACGUUGUGUCGAGGCGUAUGAAGUCCAUCGGACCGCUAGAGCUACGAGUCGUGGAACGUGGCACGUUUGGGGAAGUGGCGGAAAGGUGCGUUGGGAAAUGCGGUGGCUUGAACCAGUUUAAGACUCCUAGGUGCACGACCAACUCGGUUAUGCUUGACAUACUUGAUGGUUCUACUGUUAAGAGAUUUAGCAGUUCGGCUUAUAACUAAAAGCUACCUUUUAAAUUUUAGUUUUGUGUUCUGUU